ACACCACCCAAUAUCACUUUGACUCGAUCGAGGUGCAGCACAUUUGUUAGACUCCUGCUUGCCAUUCAAAUCCUCGACUGGUGCUUUCGUACAAUGGCCGCCAAGCCAAGCCACCCCAGUAUUCCAGCUGGCGACCAUAAAGCCUACAUGGGAUAUGCUCUCGAUCAAGCUCGUCUCUCACCUCCAGCCCCGACGAAGUUUUGUGUCGGAGCAGUUCUGGUCGAUGCCGACAAAAACGAGAUCCUCUCAACCGGAUAUUCUAUGGAAUUGCCAGGAGACCGUCCGGGAGAUCCAGGCAACACCCACGCGGAACACUGCUGUUUCAUCAAAGUGGCCGAACAGCAUAUUAUCCCCGAGGAUCAGAUUGGGAAGGUGUUGCCCCGAAACACCGUUCUGUACACGACCAUGGAGCCCUGUAACCGAAGGCUGAGUGGGAAUCGAACCUGCGUGGAGCGGAUACUCCAAUUGGGCGACGCAAUCAAGGUUGUCUACGUUGGAAUCAAGGAGCCGGAGAAAUUUAUUGGGGAGAACGCGGGAAGGAAGCGACUGGAGGAGGCGGGCGUCGUGGUUCAGCUGGUGGAGGGCAUGGAAGAUCGUAUUACCGAGGUCGCGACAGCCGGGCACUAAUACCGUCAGGGUAUCAAAGAUACAUUGCUCAC